AGUUUCACGUCAAUUUUCACUGAUUAAAAAUUUGUAAUUUAAGGCAUUAUAUGUCAAAUAAAAGGUUAUAAUUUUACGUAUUAUUGAUAACUCUGGUAUAAGGAAUACUUUGCAUAUCAACUUUUGGGGCGGCGACCCCGUUUUCUACAGAAAAUUUGAGUGAAAAGGUGGGAUCAGUCACGAUGGCGUGGUAUACACAAACAAAGGAAUUUGGGAACAAAGAACAUUCACUUCCGGUAAAGAUGGCUGUGGUCAAGGGCCUCAAAGUGCAACUUUUUGGUCCUUCUUUUGUCAAAAGGCUAAAGGACUACAUUCAAAAUGACAGCUCGCAGCGUCACGAUUUAAACUUGCAAGGGAAUGCUCUUGUUCAAUAUUCCGGAUUCCCGGGCGCUACAGUAAAGGAAUUGAGGAGACAUCUGGAAGUUGUUAGUGAUUUCAGCCCAGACAUUCUUGUGCUGAUCAUUUGGACAAUCGACUUCUCCAAUUCGGAUGUUACUCCGGAAAGUGUUGCUCGGGAUAUUGAGAAUUUAAUAGACACUCUUUUGUUUGUGAUUGGAGUGGGAAAAGUCAUAGUGUUACAAGUUUUACACAGACAGGUUCCGUUAUCUCAUACAAGAUAUCCAGUCGACGUGGAUUGGUUCAAUGCACGUGUUGACGAUCUGAAUUCCCAUCUGAUAGAGAUGCUCAAUCGCACUGGUCAUGGUCGUUCAUACCUAUGGCGUAUGAAGGGCUUUUGGUCUCCUGCUUCCAAACAACAAAAUUUUGCAGACGAUGGUUGUCACCUGUCCAGUGCCGGUCAGCUCCGCCUCAUUACAAAUGUCAGAGCUGCUGUGGUCGCCGCCCUGAAGGGUUCUAUUUGCCAUUCAUAAGAUACAUCAUGAAACGUACCAGCCGUCCUAAGAAGGGUACGCAUUCGGCGUGUACCUGUUGUUCCGGACAAAAACAAGCACACAAGCGCAAAAACAAUGAUGCCCCAACCUCAACAAAAGGCAAAGGCCCGAAAAAACAAAAGACUCACAACAUUCUGCCCCUGGAGGCCAAUCUAGAUGACGAUGUGAAUGACAACUUCAGCAGUUAUGAAGAAACAUCGGUUCGUUUGCCAGCUGCUCCAAGUACAGCAACAACCCUUGGUGUACAAACAUCCUCAUCUGCGAGUCCUCACAUGCCAGGAGUUCCCCCGCAUCUACCAGUAGAAUCAGACUCUUCUUCAGACUCCGAUUCGGAUGAAGACGAUCACUAUCUGUUCCCAAGCUUACAACAGGCCGUGUCUCAACACACAAAUUCCUUGGCAGAUCAAGAAAUUUCAAGCUCUGGCGCCUUACAUGGAACCAAAUCCAACAUCUGUUCCACAGGACCUUCUCAUGCUUCAUUAAAUAGGGCAGCUUUCUAUAUUUUAGAUUCUGCCCUCGCUCCAUCAACCACAAACUAGCUAUCAAAAUGCAAUCAAACAUUACAGGAAUUUUCAUGAUACCUAUUACUCUAAUUCUCCAUUGUUCCCUGUGUCUACUGAGCAGCUUGCUCAGUUCAUCGUUGUUUGCCACGAACGUAAUCUUAGGGCAUCAACAAUAACUUCAUACACCUCAGCACUUAACUACAUUCACAAGCUCCACGGCUGGGCUUCUCCUUCAGAGUCUUUCAUUUUAAAGAAGAUGUUACAUGGGCUCAGACGCCAUAAACAACUGGACAAACGCCGUCCAUUUACAAUUCACAAUGUAGGAAAUAUCAUUCAAUCACUUAAAAACACUUUCACAGACAAAUACUCUUACAUUCUCAUGCGAGCUAUGUUCUUAGUAGCCUUUUUCGGACUAUUACGGGUCGGCGAAUUGGCACAUUCACCGAAAGGUUUUCAAAACACCAUUAAACGGGAAGACAUUAACUUGAAAUAUAAACAGUCACAAGUUGUUUCGAUCUCCAUUACAUUACGCAAUUAUAAACAUUCGCAUGGCCAAGUCUCUAUUAUUCCCCUUGCACGCCGAACAAACAACAGGUUAUGUCCAGUUCACGCGUUGAUGAGAUAUUUACGCAUAUCACCACCCAGUAAUGGCCAGCUAUUUAGAGACAAUAACAAUCAACCAGUUUCUACCAGGUAUUUCAGAUCGGUCUUACGUUUGUGUGUUCUAGCAAACAACAUGGAUCCAAAGUUCUUUACAGCCCAUUCAUUUCGCAUUGGUGGUGCUACUCAUGCUCACAAUUCCAAUAUGUCCGUAUCACAAAUACAGAAGCUAGGUAGCUGGAAGACCAACGCAUACCUAAAAUAUAUCCGUCCCUCGGCUCUCCCUAUAUAAAUCAAGAUAAAGUCGCAACAAUACUCUGCUUACAUAUUUGAAUCUUUAAUCUUAAUUUUUCAGAGGAUCUGACGGUCAUAGGCAGCAGAUCAUUUUUUUCAUAAUUUUGACCACAUGAAAAUCCCUUGAUGUUUUUUAAGAUCUGUUGGUUUUAGGCAGCAGAUCUUUUUAAACAAUAUCAUAAGAGAACUGAAUGCCAUUGCCAACCUUCUCAGUGCUGUCGGUCAACGCCGCAGCCAUGAUAUUGACUUUCAAUGAUUGUCACAUUAUAACGUACAGCACAUAGCUGAUGGUUUAAGGUCACAGUUGAAACAUUUGCUUUAGCUGAUGGUUUUAGGCCACAGUUUUGAAAUUUGACCUGGUUGAUGGUUUAAGGCCACAGUAACUGCUGUGUAAUUUGUUUUGGCUGAUGGUUUAAGGCCACAGUCACAAAAUUUGUCUUAAAUGAUGUCAGUUUGAAGCCGCAAUUGUACAAACUCUAGUAUUAUAUCACAGUAAAGAAGUGCGGGUACCAGUGACAGUCAAUGUAAAUAUGAUUAUUUGUUAUAAAUGUGCUUGCAUAAUACGAACAAUUGAGAGCAGAAUGGUCCGCAGUUGUCGUUAUCAUGUGUCUUUGUUAUAAAGCUGUAUAUUAUUUUUCUGUCAGUAUUUUUUUGUAAUUCGUAUAUUUCGUCUCCAAAGUUGUUAGCAAUAACCACUUAUGUAUCAUAUGUGGUCUUUGUCAUGGAUGGGCAAGUCCUUUAUCUAUAUUUAUGAUCAUUUACAUUGCCUUCUGUCUACUAGUAUUGACCAUUUAUUCUGUAUAGGUUGUACAUGUAUAGAUUAAGAUAAUUAAUGCCCUUUACAUGUAUCAUCCACGUGUUUGAUGAUAUGCUGAAAUCCACUUUUAAGUAUUGUGUUUAUACGUGUAUAUGAUAAAAGGCUGCAGAGUCUUUUUUAUAUGUAGGUCAAUGCAAAUAUGAUGAUCCAUUUCUAAUUGUCUGGGUUCAUAUUAUCUCUGUCCACGGUCGAGCUCGUUCCAGUCUUAAGUCUCUCUGGGCGGCGGUUCCCUUUUGGCGGUUUUUUGCCUCCCAGUUAUUUACAUUAGGGAAAACAUUUAAAAUAUGUUUGCUUUGAUUAUGUAUUACGUAAUCAUGUAUUUGUCAGUUUAUGGCAUUUAUAACAAAUGCCCAGUUUUCAUUCAAACAUAGUUUUCUGUUUUCCCUUUUUCCUAUAAUCGCAUUAGGGAAAACAUUUAUAAUAUGUUUGCUUUGAUUAUGUAUUACGUAAUCAUGUAUUUGUCAGUUUAUGGCAUUUAUAAUAAAUGCCCAGUUUUCAUUCAAACAUAGUUUUCUGUUUUCCCUUUUUCCCAUAAUCGAGUUCGACCUAGACUGUUAUCUCUCCCCCGACCUUGGGCAAAACUUAAAAAGCGCUUUACUUUUGCCGAAUUCUACAUUAAAUAAAGAAAUAUCGUAUUUUUUUGCUAAGUGCACGUGCUUGACAUAUUUUUGUACCACAAUCGGAAUUUGACGAUCCACAAUCCACAUUUUUUUAGCGUUGUAUUGUAAUAUAUACAAUUAUGAUAAGAAACAGUAGCAGACAACAGGCAUCAGGUUGAUAAGAAGAACUGAUGUAUUUAUUGAACGUGAAUAGCAUCAUCGACUAAACAUGUUUUGAAAUUAUAAAUACUGUUAUAACAUUAUUCCUCUAUCAAUGAUACUUAAUUACUCUGUUUAAAAUAAAAAAAAUAAAAAAUUGUUGGCAGAAAUAAACUGUUUUUUUGUGUUUGUAAUAUUUCACGCUCUAAUUGGCGGUAUUAAGUAAAUAGCUAUGUAUAGAAAUCGUGAACAAUAAAUAGUGAACAUUUUUUAUCGAUAAUCUACCCAUUUAUACAACAUGAUCAUAUCAUAUUAUAUAUAGGUACUUUGCUAGGUACUUACCGAAAAGAAAGGCGCAACUUCAAAAACGUCCUUCUCGUACAUAAACUGGAGCGUUUUAUAUCCAGAAUACGAGAACACUGAUUAAGAACCCUUACACAAAUAAUCAGACGAGUACUUUGUCUGGCUAUGUCCCACUACUAAAGCCAUUGUUAGUUAAUUAAAUCACACACAAC